AUGUUGAGUGCAGCAAAGGAUAUAUUGGAAACGGAUAACGGUGCCCAAAAAUACAACGGAACACACACCUGCCGUGAACGAAUUGUUGACCGGCAAUGUCAACGCAUGUCUACCGGUGCAGUUUUAUUGGCCGAUAUUAUUCCUGCCCUCGUUGUCAAAGUUACUGCUCCACUGUAUAUCCGCAUGGUUCCUUUUGGAUUUCGACAUCUUCUUGUUGUCAUGGCUCAGAUGUUGAGUUUUAUCCUAGUCGCUGCAAGCAGCAACGUUUCUGUGGCUCUUUUUGGUGUUGUUGUCGCCAGUUGGGGAUCCGGUCUUGGAGAGAUCUCUUACCUGGCUCUGGCUUCAUAUUUUGACUCACAAGUUGUUUCUAUGUGGUCAUCGGGUACUGGUGGUGCGGGAAUCGUUGGUGCCAUGACUUAUGCUGUUCUUACUGACCCAUUAAUGCUACACUUAUCACCUCAUACAGCAUUGUACAGCAUGCUUAUAAUACCUUUAAUUUUCGCAUACACCUUCUGGUUCGUACUAGAUCUACCUCAGACAGUGCACAGGGUCAAAGUGUGCGAUCCAAAGACCUAUGUCGUACGAUAUAGAAAUGUAGUUGUCGUGAAAAGCCAAGUUUCAGAUCGCGUCGCUCAGUCUCGGCGAAGAUCCGCGUCAUCGGAAUCCGAAAUAGAAAGACCUCUUCUAGAUGUUGAGGACGAAAGAGAAACAAGAGGCCUGACACCAGAGCCACCUCAACGUGCUGGCUUUUAUCACGAGUUCAGAUAUAUCAAGCCUCUAUUCAAAUACAUGAUACCGCUGAUAAUAGUUUACUUUGCGGAGUAUUUCAUCAAUCAAGGAUUGUUAGAGUUGCUAGAAUUCGACUGCUCUCAUGGGUUCAGCCUCAGUCCACAAAGUCAGUAUCGCUGGUAUCAAGUGCUAUAUCAAGUGGGUGUGUUUAUUUCCCGAUCAUCUUCGGAUUUGAUCGCAUUACCAGGAGAGGUGUUACCUGUGCUGGCCAUGCUUCAGGUUCUUAACGCAACUAUUCUGUAUUGUGAAGCAGUUAGUCGUUUUGUAUCACAUAUUUUCAUACUGUUCUGUUUAAUAGUCUAUGAAGGACUCUUGGGAGGAGCUUCUUAUGUAAAUACGUUUAGAGUUAUUCAUGAAGAGAUUCCAGCUGAUCGGAGGGAGUUUAGUAUGGGAUUCGUUUCCAUAUCCGACACAUUUGGAAUAUUAUUAGCCGGGUUUACUGCUAUACCAGUUCAUAAUAUUGUAUGCGAUAGUCCUUUGUGA